UCAAUAGGGGAAAUUGAAAGGAUCUACGUUAUGGUAUAUAAUGUGAGGUGAUUGAUCUCUGUCUUUCGUAAGACGAGGUGAAGGAUCUAACUAAAGUGUAAAGGAAAUCUUGAAUCUCAACUACCCUUGCCAUCGACGUCAUGAAACUUUGGACCCAUUGAAAUUUCGAUUAUCCACACUCGAGCUCAAACAACACCGAAAAGCUCACUUUAACGACUUUGGAAUUUGAAAUUACGGUCAAAUUUCAUAGAUUCUAUUGUCUUCAUUUGUGAUAUCAGUUAUGUGAGUGAGACAAUUUCGAAGCGAUUAUGGCCGGCCCGAAUUGGAGAUUCAAAUAAACGCAUAUCUCUUGUUUCUUCAUUUGACUUCGGAAUAUUACCAACUGUUCAUCCAAUUUCUCCAUUUUCUCUCUGUUUUUGUAAUGGAAGAUCAAUUGGUUGUCGAUGAAAACAGAGGCAUGGAAGAGCCACUGUUGAGCGACACCGAUAAUCGCAAAGGAGGCUUUAGAACUUUGCCUUUCAUUAUCGCUAAUGGUGCACUUGAGAAGCUGGCGAGUCAGGGUUUAUCCCCGAGUAUGAUACUCUAUCUGACGAAGGUUUAUGGAAUGAAAUCUGCUCAUUCUUCUAACGUCAUCUUUCUUUGGUCUGCCGCCUCAAAUUUUACUCCGAUCAUCUGUGCUUUUCUCGCUGAUUCUUAUUUCGGUCGGUUUCCGAUGAUCGCGGCUGGCUCUAUUUUCAGCUUUUUGGGGAUGUUCGUUUUAUGGCUAACUGCAAUGAUUCCACAAGCAAGGCCUUUUUGUGAUGAAAUUAGUGGCCAUUGUGAUGCCCCGUCAACAUCUCAACUGUUGCUUUUAUAUUCAUCUUAUGCCAUAAUGUCCGUUGGAUCUGGUUGCCUUCAAGCAUCCUACCUUGCCUUUGGUGCAGAUCAGUUGUACAGGAAAAACAAAUCCAAUUCCGGCAUUUUGGAUAGUUAUUUCAACGUAUGUUAUAUUUCAGCUGCACUUGGAACACUUGUAGGCAUGUCAUGCAUUGUGUAUAUUCAAGAUCGCAUGGGUUGGGGAAUGGGCUUUGGAGUCCCGGUUGCACUCAUGUUUUUAGCUACAAUAACUUUUCUCUCGGCCUCACCCUUAUAUUUGAAGUCGAAGCCAAGCAAAAGUUGGUGUGCUGGGCUUGUGCAAGUUGUCUUUGCAGCUUAUAAGAAGAGACAUACGCAAAUACCAUUUGUAGGCACGUCUGAAAUGUACCAUCACGAAAACGAGUCACCGUGUACCUUGCCAAGCAACAAGUUAAGGUUUUUGAACAAAGCAUGCAUUAUUAGAAAUUCUAAGGAAGAGCUAACUUUAGAUGGGAAGGCUUCAAAUCCGUGGAGUUUAUGCACCGUGGAACAAGUUGAAAAUUUAAAAGCCCUCAUAAGGAUAAUACCAUUAUGGUCCACUGGGAUCCUUGUUUCUGCAUCUUUGAGUCAAUCAUUCUAUGUUCUUCAAGUUGCCUCUAUGAAUCGACACCUUACUUCGAGUUUUGAAGUUCCCGCAGGCUCAUUCAGUGCGAUAAUAGUAGUUUCUCUAAUAAUAUGGAUUGCACUAUACGAUCGCUUAAUACUCCCUCUAGCAUCCAAAUGCAGAGGAAAACCAACUCGUCUAUGUGCAAAAACCAGAAUGGGAAUGGGGAUUCUUUGCUGCGGCUUAAGUCUUGCAGUAUCAGCAAUUGUCGAGGGUGAUCGUCGUGCCUUAGCCAUAAAGGAAGGGUUCUCUGACAACCCAAAUGCAGUGGUAAGCAUGUCUGCAUUUUGGACGCUACCACGUUACAUCUUGUUUGGUAUUGCAGAGGCUUUAAAUGCAAUCGGACAAAUCGAGUUCUUCUACAAUGAGCUUCCAAAAGCCAUGUCCAGUGUAGCAACCUCUCUUUUGGGGCUGAAUUCGUCUAUAGGAAACUUGGCUGCUAGUUUUAUAAUGACAACCGUUGAUAAUUUAAGUAAAUCAGUAGGAGUAAAGAGUUGGGUUUCAAGUAAUAUCAACGAGGGUCACAGUGACUAUUAUUAUUGGUUGCUUUCUGGUUUGUUGUUUGCUAACUUUUUGUAUUAUCUGGCAUGUAGCAAGUCUUAUGGUCCGUCCAAUGAAGAAUCAGUAGGUAGAGCUAAUGCUGAAGAUUAUAAGAAUACUGCAAAUUAGUUCUUUUUUCUUUCCUCUUUUAUAAAUAAAUGAGGCUUACGAGUUAUUACUUAGCUAUC